AUGGGGGCACUCUUCAUUUUUGCAUUAAUUGCGACAACUGUCUACGCCAACAAUGGCAUCUCGGAAGACUUUUUUACUGGAAAUAAUGGCAUCAAGGCCGCGGAGGCAGCCUCGCCAAUGUGGCAUAUGGCAAGCGGAUCCUGCCUCCCUGGCGCUGCCGAAGAUGGUCAGGGUCAUCAAACAAACGGCGUAGACAUUUCUGUUGUUCUUUGCGGCAUCAACCAGAACCAAGCUGGUGGUUGCGCUGACUCAACAUACCGUGGUCCAAAUUGGCCAUACGCCAAUAUCCCCGGCGAACCAUUUCAACAGAUACCUACAUACUACAAGGUCGCGUACUGUCCAGGCGAUGACUCUUGGCGGGUGUCCUACCAUGUCUACUUCAAGCACGAUGUGUCCCAUAAAAGUGACUUCGAAUGGGCUGUUGUAAAAUUCACGAAGCAAUCUGACGGUUUAUGGUACCGGUAUGGGCUACUCAUGGAAACGGACGGUGAUUACGGUGUCGGCUUCUGGAACGAUGUCCCGAGCACCUUCGAUAGCACCGACGAUCAGAUGCAAGAUGGAAACAAGCAGCGUAACCACGCAAAGCUGUACUUUGGGAAACGAAGCCAUUCGGUACAUUAUGAUAUGGAAAGCAGGAAUAAGAAUACUUGCAUCAAACCAGACUUUCGAGCCAACGAUUUCCAAUUCUGGUCACUCUACAACCUAAGGCACGAGAGCGUUAUCGAUUUCGCAUGGACUUAUGGGCAAGCAAGUAAUCCGCGGUCAGUGGAUAUUUGCGAUAACAAAGGCCAUACCUUUUAG